ACUGACAAACUGUCCAUCAAAUGGAUGGGGAACCCAUAACUGUGGGCACCAUGAAGAUGCUGGAGUCAUCUGCCAAGGCCAGGCACAAACUAGCGCAGCACCACCAACAGUUUUUGUUUCUGCAGCAACAGUGAAAUUGAACACGACUGCCCCACAGCAAGGAGUUGGAGGCCAGGCACAAACUAGCGCAGCACCACCAACAGCAACAGUGAAAUUGAACAUGACUGCCCCACAGCAAGGAGUUGGAGCUUUAAAUGAUCCCUGUUUUGAGCUCAACUGCACGGAGGAUGAAUGGUGUGGAGAGAAAAAUGAUGUUUAUGGCUGUUUCUGUAACAAGAGUCAUCACAGACCAGACCCACAAUCUUUUGAUUUCUCUGAGGUUUGUGAAAGCAGCUCUGGUUCCAUUUCCCUGUCUCGCUGUCAGCUCUUUGAGGCUGGUUUUCCUGCUGACAACUUACACCUCAAUGACCCCAACUGCAAAGGAACAGUCUGGAAUGGCAGAGUGGAGUUCUAUUUUGACAACAAUGACCACAUCUGUGGUACAAGUAUUUUGGCCAAUGGCACCCACUACAUUUAUGAGAACUUUAUUUUUGGAACGUCAGACUCGACUGAAGGUCCCAUCAGCAGGAAGGGAAUUCUGAAGCUGAAUUUCAGUUGUGUAUACCCCCAAACCCAAUCACUUUCUAUGAAUAUGGAAAUCAAUCCACUAGAGAGCAUUGUCCACAAGAAGCUUCCUGCUGGUCAAGGGAGAUAUCAGGUCAGGAUGGUUCCAUAUCAGGAUGCUGAGUUCUCCAAGCCCUUCAAUGGGAGUGUGAAUGUGGAGCUGAACCAGCAGAUGUUUCUGGAAGUUCAUGUAGACGGGAUUGACAGUCGUCAGUUUGCCACAGUGAUUGACUCAUGUUGGGCUACACCUGAGAACGAUCCUAAUCACUCUGUCCGCUGGGACCUCAUCAGCGGAGAGUGUCCCAGUCCAAAUGAUGAGACAGUGGAGCUGCUGCAGAAUGGAGUCUCCACAUCUAGCCGUUUCUCCUUCAGGAUGUUUUUCUUCACUGAAAACUCCACUAAGGUUUACGUGCACUGUACUAUUCACAUUUGCCUUCUGGCAGGAAACCACUGCUCAACUCACUGUGACUCUGGAUCCCACUUGAGAGAGGGCAGGUCUGCAGAAUUCCAUGACAGUGCUUCCAUUUCCAUGGGUCCCCUGAUGAUGUCUGAAAGGAACCAAGGUAUUUGAGCCCCAGAGCGGCAGAACAUAUCCACUGCUUAAGUGUCUGCGUGGUUCUUUGAUAUUAUUUGUUUCUCUGCAUGAAGUGUUUUCAUCUUUUUUUGCAGAAUAUUUCACUGAUUGAAAUAUUUCUGCCAAGAAUACUCAUUGUUUUAUACAAAUCUCAUCUCUUUCAAAAUGAAUGUCUUACUGAUGCUACACUCCUACAAGCUGUGUUUCUCAUUGCAAAAUACACUCUUAAGAUCAUCUAAAUUUUUUUGUCUUUUUUUUUAUUUUUUAUGAUGGAUUGACAUGUUUCCAAAACCAGCAUGUAGAUUGUUCAUUAUUUAGCAGAACUUCAGUGCACUGUUAUGGGAUAUAUACCAAAGUUACUGAAUAAAUCCAUCCAGUGGUUACAUUUUCUUUGGUCAUUAUAGUGUGGGGUAGAAUCAUUAGGAAGAACAGAAAUAAUAUUAUUCUAUGUAGUUAUGGCUUUUGUUUUUGCUGCAGUAUAAAUAAACAGAAUCCACUGUCUCUGA